AUGAACAAUCGACAACCAGUUGACCAGAACGGGCAGGCCGAAUCCUCGAGUGGAGAGGGGAUGUCUCGCUCUCAUGGACAAGAAACAGGUUCGGGUGAAGCGAACGAAUCUACGGAGACCUGGCAACAACCUACACUUUAUUCCGGAGGAAGUCCACAUCAGAUGCGGAGUAUCGAGGAAGAAGGAAAUACCGAACUUCAAGAUGCUGAUGAACGGGCUUACCGUUCCGCGGCCAUUGCUCGGAUGAUAAGAAGACAAUCUACCAUGUCCAGGCUGGGAUCUAGAUUCCUGCCCAACUCGGUUAUUCGUGGGCUUCUAAAUAGCCAAGAAGAGACGCCUGCAGAAGGCCAUGCACACCGCCAUGGACUAGUGUCGAGAACACCCCCGAGGUCCGAAACAGGCCACAGCAGUGGUCGUUUUAGCCCCUUUAGUGCGCUGGGAUCAAGAGGAGUGACUCGCCGGAGGUCUACUAGAGGGCCUUACUUCAUUCCCUCGCGCGAGGACUCAUCGGGCACCUCUGAUGCCCCCAAUAACGAGCGGCGACUCUCUGAGCCCAAUCGGGCUUCUUGGCGACGAAGCGCACGUCUCAAUCGUGUGCGCCAUUCGAUAUCGACGCCAAUAUCUCACAUGUUUGGCCAGCCACACUCUGAGAUAUCUCCACCUCAUGAAUACCCGCCGCAUCUGCUUAAUGAACCAUUACCGCAUGAAAUGGACACCCGCUUGGACUGGAGAGAAUCAAUUGGGGAGCCAUCACCCGAUAUUGGCGGAAUGGAGCCACCUUCAUUCACUGCAGGCCUGCCCGCUUCCGAUCAGCCGAACGCUGGCAUCAUGGGAAUGCGUCGACUUCCUAGCCUCAUCCGUGCACGGCCAUCCAGAACAUUGCGACCACAAGAACAGACCCCUCUUUCUAGAGUCCUACAACUCGCGGCAGCUGCCAUUGCUGCUCAACUGUCUGGUACCACAGGCCCUGCUAUGCCGAACAUACAGGCCCUAGGCAAUGACGGACUUGACGAACAACCUUCUUCGGCUGGCGGAGAAGGACCUAGUCAACCUCCAAAUGAUCGCCCAACACCUCCGGUCAAUUUCUUGCGAGUCUUCCGAUUUGCCAAUUCAGAUUCCCCCAGCGGCUCUAAUCCUCUUGGGUCAACCCCAGAGAACUUAGAGAAUCGCAGGUCCCCGAACGAUGGGGUAACUGCUGACGAAACACCAGAAGGAGCCGAGGGACGAACUGUCACGCUGGUUGUGGUUGGUGUUCGAUCUGUUCCGUCGGGCAACGGUGCCAACAGUGACCAGGGGCCACCUGCCCCCGGUAGCGCCGGUCUCGAUGCUCUACUCGGGUUGCCGUUCCUUCCACGGCCCCAGGAUGCACAAGGUGAUCUAGGACAAGGUACAGAAGGCCACCCGAGAAUUCCUGCUCCACGCCCUGGGGGCCUCGCAGGGGUCCCACCACCCAGAGUCCCGGAUUUCUUGCGCCAAGCAGGUCUUAAUCCUUCACGCAGAAUGCCUGAUGCUGGACAUCAACCUGCGAAUCCGGUUUACCCUCCAUCCGCAAUGUCCGAAAGUCCUCCUGGGCCUCAUCCUCCACCCUCCACCCCUGCCGAACAAGGCUUGUCUGCCGUCUCCUCUGGAACUUCAACCCCAAGCCGCAGACCGUCGGCAAUCCAUGCAGCCUCCCCUGGACCGUCUGAAGACGCUGUUCCACUGAAUGCCGCUCGCCAAAGACGACGAAGUGAUUCCGAAUUUGCCCGUCAUCGAGCUCUUGGGUCAGGGUCUGUUCGCCGCAAUGGCGUGGUUGAGCCUGACCAGCCUCCCCCUAGCGGGGGCAGAAGUUGGCUCAUUUACGUGGUCGGGACCAACCUAUCCGAGAACCAUCCAGCUCUGACAACGCCGAGCCUCUUCACUGAUAACCCGACAUACGAGGACAUGAUUCUUCUGUCGUCUCUUUUGGGUCCCGCCAAGCCUCCCGUCGCAAGUCAAGACGAUGUUAAUUCUGCAGGUGGUCUUUUCCGUCUUGUCGAGUACAGUGGGUCUUUGGUCGCAGAGUCAGUGGGUGGUGCAGGCGUCAUUCAGAUCUCCGAUGGAGAGCGCUGCUUAAUCUGCUUGAGUGAUUACGAAGUAGCCGAAGAGGUUCGUGAGCUGAACAAAUGUAAACACGUCUUCCAUAGAGACUGCAUUGAUCAGUGGCUGACCACGGGUCGAAACUCAUGCCCUCUCUGUCGAGGCCAAGGCGUCCACGAAACCUCCAAUAGCGAAGAACCAACAACCUCCGAACCACCUCCUGCAUUCCCAGGCACAGCCAUCUAA